AUGGACGCCAUCAUGCAACCCCUGCGCAUGACUCUCGCGUACGCGAACGCCUGCUGUGGCGUGGCCCUCAACGUGGUCGGCGUCUACGCCGGCAAGGGGAUCACCGUCACCCCCGUCAACGGCCUCUUCCCGCCGGGCACCGGCCCUGCCCCCGCAGACAUCCCCAGCCCCUCCAUCGGCACCGGCACCGCCCCUGUAGACAUCCCGACUACCUCUAUGGCCGGCGGCGGCGGCGGCAGCGGCGGCAGCAGCGGCUUCUCGUCUCCCCGGACAUCCAUCUCCUCCGUCCCAGACGAAGAAGAACGCUUGCGGUACAACCGCGACGGCGGCGGUGGCGGCGACGCAGCCGGGCGGCGACCGGCGGCGGCGUCGCCCGUAUCGGCGGCGGCGGCGGCGGUGGCGGCUUGCGAGGCGGACGCGAAGCAGCGGCAGUCGCGCGCCUCUGCCGCUUCCUCCUCCUCGCCGACGAUGCGCGGCGGCGGCGGCGGCUGGAGAUCGCUGUGGGGUUUUUCCGCCUGCGAAGGAGCGGCCAACAAUCACGAGGACGACGGCGGCGGCAGGAGCAGCAGCAUGCACACAACCUUGUACGACAUACCGUUCCCCGCCACCGCCCCCGCGGAGGCGAAGUUCUCGAGGUCGGCCUCGAUGGCGAGCGUGGCCUCCAUCGGACUCGAGGGAGACGCCUCCCUGUCUCAGCACGCCCUGUCGUUCGACCUAGACGGAGCGGGGCCCGACGGGUUCUUCCACCUCGGCUCCAAGACGGACCUCGCCGUGGCGGCGACGGCGGCGACGGCGGAGCAACAGCCAGGGGAAGGUGGGGGCAAGGACUAGUCGACGGUGUGAGCUUGGGGCCGGGGCUGGCGCUCUUGCAGGCGGGGGAGGGGGGGGGGGGGGGUUGAUCCACCGUGCCGCGGCGGCAGGCUACGCCUCGUAAGGGGAAGCAUGGUUGAGUGAGUGCGUGCGGAGAGAGAUUUGUGCGCACCGGGAAACGAGUGUGAAUUUUGCUGAUGGGCAACGCCAAACCCUCUCUCGCUCUCUCUCUCUCUGGGGCGCGGGUGGGAGGAGGGGACCCGCGCGCACGCGCCGCGACGCGAGGGGGGCCUGUGGAGUGCAUGCAGGAACUUACGGCCGCCUCCCCCGCCUCACCUGUUGCUUGGCAUGUGCUGAUGGAAGUUUUGCAUGGUAUAGGGCUUAAUAGUAAAACCUACGUACUGUCUAUUGUAUGGGCGUUAGUAUCACAGUCUUCAACCAAUACACGACGGAGGUGUAUAGGUGUAAGUGUGGCCAUAAUAAACCCUAUACAAUCUAAGUAUUGGUUUUAGUGUACCCCACCAAAAUCCUUUCAAAUAGACCACCCGUCUACCCCAACUCACGACUUCGGCCUUACCGAGUAUUGGAGCAGCAUUGCAUCUGCGUGGCCCCCUUGCCCCAACAAGAGCGGGGGCUCCGUAGCUGCACCGCGCACGGACCGGCUGGUGGUAUUGGCAGGCUGUCUUUGAUGUCGUGCUGCGACCUGGCCUGUCUGGCAAAGUGCGAUCGGAGAGAGCAGCGUUCUGUGUGUGCCGUCGUCUGUCAAGCGAUACUAGGAGUUGAAAGUUCGAGGGCGGGGUACCGCGUGGGUUAUAAGGUUAGAGGAGGGGUUGACGGGGGCUUUGGCCUUCUAGAUAGUCUACAACAAAGGAGUGGAGAAUGCUGCGGUUUGUUCGGUUCGAUGGUCAGCCACGUGGUGCGACCGUGUUUAUUCCGAAUCGGGAUACAUAUAGUGUUUGCUGCUUGGGCGGGAGUUGUUUGCUACUUGGGCGUGUACAUUUUUUAGUUUUUUUCCUCGUACAGAAGUCAUACGUGCAUGUUGUUUUUGUGGCCCCGCUGAUCCGAGGGACGUGCGGCAAGUUUGCGGUGUAUUGUGUUUUGUCUUGUUGCGUGA